AUGGUAAACAUUCAUCCCCAUGUGAUUCUCACUGAUCAAUGUGAAAGCAUCAAGGUUGCUAUUAGGGAAGUCAUGCCUAAAAUAAGACACAGAUUCUACUUAUGGCCUAUACUUAGCAAAAUGUCAGAGAACUUUAAAGGUGUAGAAGGUUUUACAAAAGCAACCAAUGAGUUUAAGGCUUUAAUAUUCGAUAGCCUGACGAUUGAGACAUUUGAAACAAAUUGGAAUGAUUUCUUGACCAAGUAUGGACUAGAAAAUAAUGAAUGGUUGAUGAAGCUUUAUUCUGAAAGGGAGAAUUGGGUACCCGUCUAUCUCAAACACAUGUUCUGGGUUGGAAUGAUGUCUACUCAAAGAAGCGAGGGCAUGCAUGCUAACUUUGAUGGUUAUGUUAACUCAAGAAGCACAUUAAAGCAAUUCAUUGAACAAUAUGAGAUGGCCAUACGUGGGAAGAAUGAGAAGGAGUUGCUUUCAGAGUUCAUUAAGUGCUUAUGGUACUGCGAUGUGAAUCCUUCAAAUGAGGAUGAAGAGAGUAAUGAGCAUGGGAUGGAGAGAUACAAUAUACUAGAGAGGUGCAUAAUCAAUGAUUGGUACCGUAAGGAGUUUGUCUAUAGGGUUGAGCAUAGAGAAAAUGAGCAAUAUUUCAACUGCAAUUGCAAAAAAUUCGAUUCAAGCGGAAUACUUUGUUGCUACAUCUUAAAAGUGAUAGUUACAAAAGGCAUGGAGGUAAUAAAUGAAAGAUAUUUAUUUAGGAGGUGGAGAAAAGAUGUGCACCAUCCAUAUAUUAAAAGGUUUUUUGCUAGAGGCUAUCCAAUGAUGACAGAUGAAUACAAGAAACACCAUGAACUUGAGGGAGAUUUUGCACAAAUAACUGACAUUGUUAUUGGCAAUACGCAGAAGAUGGAGUAUGUUAAGAGGCAACUUCGAGCCUUGCAAGUGAAUUUAUCAGAAUGGAAUGAUGGAUUAUUAGCUUCUGCAGUAGGCUCAGAAAAUAUUGGCAUUACAAAUUCAGAUAGUUUAGUUGCUAUUUUGAAUCCAAAUGAGGCUUGUAGCUACGAAAGGCCACGAAGCAAUCGAUUCUGA